CUAAAUGAUCUCCUUUUAAUCGAUCCUCUGCCAAAAAUACUGACCCAUUAAUGAUCUUCUUAAAGCAUUUUGUCUGCUCAGAUGGCUCUGCUAUAAACCAUGGCUAUGAGUCCAACUUCUGAUGUUGUGACGAAUCCAGUUUUUGACACUGGCAUCAAUGCCUUGGUUGAUUACACUAUUUGGGUUCCAAAGAUCAAAUCCGGGAAAAAAGCCGGGCUUGAGCCGUCAUGGGAGUCUGCCAAGCCAGACAACAAAAUUAGGGUUUUUCUUUUGGAAAUCAACACUUCAUCAUUCAGAAAUGCAAGGCUUCAAGUUUUAUUUGAAAUCCAGAAAUCGGAAGUGCAGGCAGCCACUGUGCUAAGCGCUGCUGAUAAAGGAGAGGGUAGCUUAGGUGAUUUGAAAUGGCAAGCUUAUAUCGCCACUAGCAGAUUGUACCCAAAGAGCGGCAACCGAGUCAAGUUCAUUACCAACGAUGCCGAAUGGAACGAUUGGUUACAUAUCUGUAACGCUUCAAAAGACAAAGUUUGCGGUCUGAAGCUAGUAAUGGAGAACCCCACUUUGGCUCAACGAAAAAAAAGAAAGGUGCGUGUAACCGUUCAUUGCACAAUCAAUUGGCUAAUUUUUGGGCUUUGGAAGAACGAAGCCGUUUUGAUUGAAGCAGCCAAGAUCACCCGUCGUCAUGAUCGCAAACAAAAACAAAAACUUUCAAAGAAAACCCACUGUGGUGGUGACCAAGGUCUGACAGCAGAAGAACUAGCCCUAGACGAUGAUCCAGAACCUCCAAGUCCAAGUGAUAGUUCAUUGGAAUCUUGCGAAAGCACUGGAGGUGAUACUGACACUGAUGCGGUGAAAAUUGUGGCCGAUUUGAUUUACAAACACAACCCGAUCAAACCCAGCUACCAUCAGUCCAUCCCAGUUUAUGUGGACCCAAAGGAGACUGACCGAUUUUUUUACAUCACUGCCGGGAUGUCUAGAAUCUGGGCAAAGGAGAAGCUGGUCUGUGAUUCUAAAGGAACGCAGGUAGUCACAACCUGUAUACCACCAAAAGCUGGAAUUCAAUGGUUGAGCCAAUCCGCUGAACAACUCAAGCGUAAGAAGCCUGGUUCUAGUGGGGACUCCGCCAUCACCGACAUGCUCAAGCAUAUCAUGGGUUCUAUUGUACAACCACCCAUUGAUGCAGCCGAAGGGAGUACUAGCACGUCUUUGUCUGCUCCAAUAGCAGAUUAUCUGAUUUUUUGUGGUAUAAAGGAUGAGGACCGAUCAAUUGAGGCUUGUCUGACUGAGGCAGGUUUGGAUCAGUACACUCUUUUCAACAGAGAGUUCCUGCCUCGCAAGGAUUUACUCAAAUUGAAUCUGGUUCCAGGUGUAGUCACUAGAUUGUACAUGAAUGUAAAGGCUUUUGCCAAACACUUGAAUGAGUCUAACAUUCAAUAAGAUAAUUUUUAAGAAUUCAAACUAUUAUUAUUAAUUGUGUUUCCCUGUAUAUAUCCACAUGGUAAUUUCAAGUGAUCGCAAAUGUCUGGAUAUUUCAAAUUGGGUUUCAAAUUAUCCUUUAUCAUUGUAAUCUUGUGUCUUGUGUGUGUAUCUCAGUUUGUAUCAAUCUUAUCUUUGAUUAUGUAGGUUCUUAGUUGACUGGUCUGCCCAUCCUAUUGUACUUUACAUUAUCAUUAACUGAAUAAUGCGAAAUGAUUGAUUUGUUGUGU